AUGAAACAAAACAUAGAUCAACAUCUUACCAAGAGUGAAAAGGAAUUAGUCAAUAAAAUUAGAAACAACAUCAAAGGUAAUCAAGACAAAAUAUUAGACUAUGGGUACACAGGUGUAAUCGAUGAUGGCCAUGUGGAUGAAAUAGUUCGAUCUAUUGUUGUUAGUCUGGUUAACAAGAGAGUAUUGUACCUUAAAGAAUUCAUGCAAGGCCUUGCACUAUAUGGCAUCGACGAGCUACUAAAGAAAGCCCCUGGUUUAUGCAAGUAUUACUUUGUUCAAGGUUUAAUUCAAGACAAUAUUGAUGCAAAUUAUCUUUUCUCCUGCUUGCAGCCAGAGUACUCUGAACCAGGUUCAAGUCGAAGAACACUGGAGGAAAAAGUUGUGGAUAACUUUCAGGACUUUUUGAACAGCAUUGAAGAUACAAAGGUCACUGGAUACUCAGCGCCAGUUGCUUGGAACUACAAAGAUGAAGACGAGGAGAAGCAGAAAGUUCCUGAUGACAUGAUACAAGAGGAAAAGUUCGAAACGGCCGAGGUGAAUGUACCUGGAAUGAUGAUGUGGCUAACUGGUCAGAAGCAUAUACCUUUAAAUGGUAAGAAAUUGUCGAUUACCAUUUUUUUUAUCAUGACUGUAAAUCUAGGGAUCCAAAGCAUACCAUUUGUUUUCCUUUAA